AGAGGGGCUGUUGUAAGAGGAACUGAGGGCCAGGAGCCGGUGAGGAACGGGAGCAGGGCCAUGCCCAAGCCGCCCCCAAGAGCCCUCUGAGCCUGUCCCCCUGCCACAGCCCUCCCGGUGACCCCCCAGGAGCUGACACCAACCCCACCAUGGGCAGCAAGGAACGCUUCCACUGGCAAAGCCACAACGUGAAGCAAAGCGGCGUGGACGACAUGGUGCUGCUGCCCCAGAUCACCGAGGACGCCAUCGUGGGCAACCUGCGCAAGCGCUUCAUGGACGACUACAUCUUCACCUACAUCGGCUCGGUGCUCAUCUCCGUAAAUCCCUUCAAGCAGAUGCCCUACUUCACUGACCGUGAGAUCGAUCUCUACCAGGGCGCGGCCCAGUACGAGAACCCCCCGCACAUCUACGCCCUCACAGACAACAUGUACCGCAACAUGCUCAUCGACUGUGAGAACCAGUGCGUCAUCAUCAGUGGAGAGAGUGGAGCUGGGAAGACAGUGGCUGCAAAAUACAUCAUGGGCUACAUCUCCAAGGUGUCUGGCGGGGGAGAGAAGGUCCAGCACGUCAAGGACAUCAUCCUACAGUCCAACCCGCUGCUGGAAGCCUUCGGCAAUGCCAAAACCGUGCGCAACAACAAUUCCAGCCGAUUUGGCAAGUACUUUGAGAUCCAGUUUAGCCGUGGCGGGGAGCCAGAUGGGGGCAAGAUCUCCAACUUCUUGCUAGAGAAGUCCCGCGUGGUCAUGCAGAAUGAAAAUGAGAGGAACUUUCACAUCUACUACCAGCUGCUGGAAGGGGCCUCGCAGGAGCAGCGCCAGAACCUGGGGCUCAUGACGCCCGACUACUAUUACUACCUCAACCAGUCAGACACCUACAAGGUGGAUGGCACCGAUGACAGCAGCGACUUCAGCGAGACCCUGAGUGCCAUGCAAGUCAUUGGGAUCCCGCCCAGCGUCCAGCAGCUGGUUCUGCAGCUGGUGGCAGGGAUCCUACACCUAGGGAACAUCAGUUUCUGUGAAGAGGGGAAUUACGCCCGGGUGGAGACUGCAGACCUCCUGGCCUUUCCUGCCUACCUGCUGGGCAUUGACAGUGGGCGGCUGCAGGAGAAGCUGACCAGCCGCAAGAUGGACAGCCGCUGGGGCGGACGCAGUGAGUCCAUUAACGUGACCCUCAACGUGGAGCAGGCAGCCUACACCCGUGACGCCCUGGCCAAGGGACUCUAUGCUCGCCUCUUUGACUUCCUGGUGGAGGCCAUCAACCGCGCGAUGCAGAAGCCCCAGGAGGAGUACAGUAUCGGUGUCCUUGACAUCUACGGCUUUGAGAUUUUCCAGAAAAAUGGUUUUGAGCAGUUCUGCAUCAACUUCGUCAAUGAAAAGCUGCAACAAAUCUUCAUCGAGCUCACCCUGAAGGCUGAGCAGGAGGAGUAUGUGCAGGAGGGCAUCCGCUGGACCCCCAUCGAGUACUUCAACAACAAAGUCGUCUGUGACCUCAUUGAAAACAAGCUGAGCCCCCCAGGCAUCAUGAGCGUGCUGGACGACGUGUGCGCCACCAUGCACGCCACAGGCGGAGGUGCUGACCAGACGCUGCUGCAGAAGCUGCAGGCGGCCGUGGGGACCCACGAGCACUUCAACAGCUGGAGCGCGGGGUUCGUCAUCCACCACUACGCUGGCAAAGUCUCCUAUAACGUCAGCGGCUUCUGCGAGAGGAACCGGGAUGUCCUCUUCUCUGACCUUAUAGAGCUGAUGCAGACCAGCGAGCAGACAGCACUUACUGUGUGCCAAGCUAAGCAUGGGGAGUGUGGCACAUGCAAGAGCUCCCAGCUGGAGGGCAGGCAGACCCAGGAUAUCACCCCUCUUGGUGGACACUCAGAGGUGUGCACUCCAUGCUCCAGCAGCACAGACCCCAGCCCUGCCCGCCAUGGGUGUGUCUGUUUCUUGGGUGGGGAGAGGAGAGGGGCCAUCUGUGCUCCCCUCACCCUGCCUUCUCCUGCUUCUCAGAAACAAGCCAAUGACCUGGUGACCACACUGAAGAGGUGCACCCCCCACUACAUCCGCUGCAUCAAACCCAACGAGACCAAGAGGCCCCGAGACUGGGAAGAGAGCAGGGUCAAGCACCAGGUGGAGUACCUGGGCCUGCGGGAGAACAUCCGGGUGCGCAGGGCCGGCUUCGCCUACCGCCGCCAGUUCUCCAAGUUCCUGCAGAGGUACGCCAUCCUGACCCCUGAGACCUGGCCACAGUGGCGUGGGGACGAACGUCAGGGUGUCCAGCAUCUGCUUAGGGCGGUCAACAUGGAGCCGGACCAGUACCAGAUGGGGAGCACCAAGGUCUUUGUUAAGAACCCAGAGUCGCUUUUCCUCCUGGAGGAGAUGCGAGAGCGGAAGUUCGACGGCUUUGCCCGCACCAUUCAGAAGGCCUGGAGGCGCCACGUGGCGGUACGGAAGUACCAGGAGAUGCGGGAAGAAGCUUCCAACAUCCUGCUCAACAAGAAGGAACGGAGGAGGAACAGCAUUAAUCGGAACUUCGUCGGGGACUACCUGGGGCUGGAGGAACGGCCAGAGCUACGUCAGUUCCUGGGCAAGAGGGAGCGUGUGGACUUUGCAGACUCAGUCACCAAGUAUGACCGGCGCUUCAAGCCCAUCAAGCGGGACUUGAUCCUGACCCCUAAGUGUGUGUAUGUGAUUGGGCGAGAGAAGGUGAAGAAAGGACCAGAGAAGGGCCAAGUGCGUGAGGUCCUGAAGAAGAAGCUGGAGAUUCAGGCCCUGCGGGGAGUCUCCCUCAGCACGCGACAGGACGACUUCUUCAUCCUCCAAGAGGACGCGGCUGACAGCUUCCUGGAGAGCGUCUUCAAGACCGAGUUCGUCAGCCUUCUGUGCAAGCGCUUCGAGGAGGCGGCACGGAGGCCCCUGCCCCUCACCUUCAGCGACACACUACAAUUCCGGGUGAAGAAGGAGGGCUGGGGCGGAGGCAGCACUCGCAGCGUCACCUUUUCCCGCGGCUCUGGAGACAUAGCGGUACUCAAGGCUGGCGGCAAAACCCUCACGGUCAGCGUGGGUGACGGACUGCCCAAGAGCUCCAAGCCUACGCGGAAGGGAAUGGCCCAGGGAAGACCCCGAAAGUCAGCCCCAGCCCCUACCCGGGCGGCCCCUGGCCCCCCCAGAGGCCUGGACCGAAAUGGUGUGCCUCCCUCUGCCAGAGGGGGGCCCCUGCCCCUGGAAAUCACAUCUGGAGGGGGUUCCCAGCGGCCUCCCCGGGGUCCUCCAUCCUCAACCCUGGGGUCCAGCAGACCUCCCCGGGCACGGCCACCCUCAGAGCACAACACAGAAUUCCUCAAUGUGCCUGACCAGGGUGUGGCAGGCAUGCAGAGGAAGCGCAGCGUGGGGCAGAGACCUGUGCCUGGUGUGGGCCGACCCAAGCCCCAACCACGUGUACAUGGCCCAAGGUGCCGGGCACUAUACCAGUACAUAGGCCAAGAUGUCGAUGAGUUGAGCUUCAAUGUGAAUGAGGUCAUCGAGAUCCUCGUGGAAGAUUCUUCAGGUUGGUGGAAGGGCCGCCUACAUGGCCAGGAGGGUCUUUUCCCUGGAAACUAUGUGGAGAAGAUCUGAGCCGGGAGCCUGGGAUUGUGUCUUCCACCUGCUCGCCUGUCUGUCAGGAUCCAGGCUGUGCCAGCAGAGUCUGGAUUACUUUGGCUGCAUUGGCCAGAAAGUCCAGUUCCGUGGCCUCCAUCCCAGCCCAGACUGUGGGUCUGAGGAGUCACUGCUGCAGCAACCUUCCUAGGCUCUGGCCUCCUUCCUGUCACACCUGCUGCCGAAGUCUGUAUUUCUUCUUGUAUCAAACAGGGCUAACAGCAGAACCUACCUCCCAGCUGCCUUAUGUUUAUGAAAUGAAUGUCCUAGGCUGUUGACCAAGUGCCGGGCAUAGUCCAGGGUGAAGGGGCCUUGACAAGUGGGACUUCCCCCUUCUCUCAUCAUAGGCAAUAAAUAUGUGCCUGGUGAAAGA